GGUGCUUCACGCGGACCGAUGCCGCAGGCGAAGGAGGCUCGUGGAGCAGCGGCGCUCGCGCUUCGACGCAGCCCGUAGUCGGACAGCUGGCGCUCGCGCAGUUCGGCGAGAAACUCUGCGGACUCGGGAAGUGCGGGGCGGGAAGGUCAUCGCCCGAGUGACACGGGAGCUCGGCACCCGAGUUUGGGUUAGCCGCCUAGCAGCACCAGAGCUGACUUUUUUUUUUGUUUUUUUUGCCAGUGACAGUUAUUUUCUCACUUAGAAGUUCUUGAUUUUUAUUACUGUGUCAGUUCUAUGGCGAUGGAUAACGGACAUAAAAGAACUCGGGAUUGGAUCUCUUUUGGUACUUAUAUUUAAGUAGCUAUCGACUUUUGGAAGCUUUUGUAUUAGCUUGCCGGUGACCGUGUACUUUGUCUGACAGAAGCAGGGAGUGGGCAGGUAGCCUCUCCUCGUUAUUGUUAUUCCUGAAGUGCGUGAGUCCUGUUUUUCUUUAUUGACGCGUAAGUAUUACUCAGUUUUCAACGCUGUUGUCACUUUGUUUUCUGCCACGUAACCGUAGAGUCACUGAGUUUUAACUCAUGACUGAAUUAUAGACUGACUCCCAGUUUAAUGUAAAUUCGCGUGUUUACUGUGUCAAGCUGUGCAAAUAUUUCCGGGAAUAUAAAAUAUGUUUUUUAAAUAGUAUUUGGUUAUUCAAGUAAGCGGACGAAGUAGGUGUAUUUUAUGGUUUGGUGCAUUCAGUCUAAAAGGCUGAAAAGUGGGACGGUAGCUUGUUGCGAAAAUCUUCCCACUCUAAAAUAUGGAAAUAAAUUAAAGAUAUUUUUAGCACACGUGUAUCUGACUGGAAAACUACUUAAUUAGUAUUAUAAAGAUUUUUUCAUAGCAUACUAAUGUGAAUCUAAUCAAUCUAUUUAUGUAUCUACGGUUACAUUUUUGCUGGAAUUUAGGGUAUUUUCAAAACGCCUGGAGGUUAGAUUUCUCUCCACAGAUUGUUCUGGAGAAAUUAGAUGUUUCUUUUAACUUCUACUAAUUUCUACUAGGCUACUAUCUUCAAAGUGGAAAAAGACAUUGCAGUUCUCAGGUGUGUUAAGAAAACUGAGCCAACGGUUUUAUCAUGUCCUUGGUCAUGUAUGCAAAGAUUCCUCCUCAUUUGAAGAAAACCUCAGCUGUGAAGAAAGCUGCUUUCUUACUUGUUGCUGCAUAUGGGUUGAAAAAACUGUACCCCUUCCUGUCUAGUAAACUUAGAGGAGGGGUUGGGAAGCAGACCAAAGGUUCUUUUCUGCAGGUUCCCAAAAGGGGAUCUCAAGAAAUCUUAGAGAAGGGGGGGAAAAAGAAGAGCAGUUCACCGGCCGUCAACCGUGAGUUUUUUCAAAGGCUUGUCCGGCUCCUUCGCAUCCUCUUCCCUCGGUUUUUAUGCAAAGAGUUGGGCUUACUGGGCUUCCACUCCGUGGCCCUCGUCUCCCGUACCUUCCUGUCCAUCUACGUCGCCAGCUUGGAUGGAAAGAUUGUCAAGACCAUUGUGCAGAAAGAUCCUCAUGCCUUUGUGUGGGAACUGACCAAAUGGCUCCUGAUUGCCAUACCCGCCACGUUUGUCAACAGCGCUAUACGAUACUUGGAAGGCCGGCUUACUUUAGCCUUCCGCACACGACUUGUCACUCAUGCCUAUCAGCUGUACUUCAGCAACCAGACCUACUAUCGGGUUAGUAAUAUGGAUGGUCGUCUGGCUAACCCCGACCAGUCCCUGACGGAGGAUGUGGUGAUGUUUGCUGGAUGUGUUGCUCACCUGUACUCCAACCUCACCAAACCCAUCCUUGAUGUGGUGAUGACCUGCUACACCCUCCUGAGGACUGCCGAGUCCAAGGGAGCCAACACCACUUGGCCUUCUGUCAUCGCAGGCAUUGUGGUGGCACUCACAGCCAAGGUGCUGCGAGCCUUCUCUCCACGUUUUGGCAAGUUGGUGGCCGAGGAGGCCCGGCGAAAAGGAGACCUGCGCUACAUGCACUCGCGCAUCAUUGCUAAUUCAGAGGAGAUCGCUUUCUACGGCGGCCACCAGGUGGAGAUGUCCCAGUUGCAGCGCAGCUAUCAGGCUCUGUCCUCGCAGAUCAACCUCAUCCUCUUCAAAAGGCUGUGGUACGUCAUGCUGGAGCAGUUCCUCAUGAAGUACGUGUGGAGUGCCUCAGGCCUUGUCAUGGUGGCUGUGCCCAUCAUUACCGCCACCGGCUAUUCCAAGUAUGACUCAGAGGACGUGAAGCAGGCUGCCAUGGUGAUGAAGGAGGAGGAGCUGGUGAGCGAACGCACUGAAGCCUUCACGACGGCACGCAACCUGCUCAACGCGGGAGCUGAUGCAGUGGAGCGGAUAAUGAGCUCUUACAAGGAGGUGACGGAGCUGGCGGGCUACACAGCACGGGUCUACGAGAUGUUCUCCGUAUUCGAGGAUGUGCGCAUGGGCGUUUACCGGCGCUCUGGUGGAGAGGACGGAUUCCAGGCGGGAGCCAAGCAGCUGGUGCAGCACGGCAUGAGGAUGGAGGGCCCAGUGGACAUCCGGGGGCAGGUGAUUGAUGUGGAGCAGGGCAUCAGCUGCGAGAACCUCCCCAUCAUCACACCAACAGGAGAUGUUGUUGUGUCCAGCCUAAACAUCAAAGUAGAAGAAGGCAUGCAUCUCCUGAUCACAGGACCGAACGGCUGCGGCAAGAGCUCUCUCUUCCGCAUCCUCAGUGGCCUGUGGCCUGUAUACAGAGGGGUGCUGUGCAAGCCGCCCCCCGAUAAGAUGUUUUACAUUCCCCAAAGGCCCUACAUGUCGGUGGGCACUCUGCGGGAUCAGGUGAUCUACCCAGACACCCAAGAGGAGAUGACCCAGCGUGGCUUCACUGACAUGCAUCUAGAGGAUAUCCUCAACACCGUCAACCUGCGCUACAUCCUUGAAAGAGAAGGGGGUUGGGAUGCAGAGAGCGACUGGAAGGAUGUGCUUUCUGGGGGCGAGAAGCAACGCAUUGGCAUGGCUCGAAUGUUCUACCACAAGCCUAAGUAUGCACUCCUUGAUGAAUGUACCAGUGCUGUGAGCAUAGAUGUUGAAGGGAAAAUCUUUGAGGCAGCAAAGGAUGCUGGUAUAGCACUCCUCUCAAUCACUCAUCGACCCUCACUCUGGAAGUACCACACUCAUCUGCUGCAGUUCGACGGAGAGGGGGGGUGGCGCUUCGAGAGACUGGACGCCUCGACACGCCUGUCCCUUCAGGACGAGAAAUUGCGGCUAGAGACUCAGCUGUCGGGGAUUCCCAAGAUGCAGCAGCGCCUGGCGGAGCUGUGCCGCAUGCUGGGCGAGGACAGCAUGCUGCAGGGAGCAGUAGAGCCGGAUGUGGUGGAGGAGGAGUAGGGGGAGGUGGAGAUCUGGAGCUCUGGGUGAAAGUCGAAAGCUGUGAGAUCGAAAGAGGUGUGAGGGAGGGGGACUGGAGUCUGAGAUGCAGCAGAGGGACAGCUGGACAGUCGUGUACAAAAAACGCACAUUGAAUGGAGAUGUAAUAUGGAGACUUUCUGAAAGGGGCAUCUGAGUGCAAGUGGUGAGUCUACACAAUAAGGACACAAGUCCUGUGUGAAGAAGCCUGUGAUCUCACCCUUUAGGAAGCAUCCCCUGCAUCCAUGGCACAGGGAAGGCUCUGGAGGUGUUGGUCUGCUUUACAUGCCAAAAUUGGGGAGCUGUCACCAUGCAAUCUCAGCUGAAGAUUGCUGUAGGUUGUUUAAUUUGUGAUUUUUUAACAAACUUCUUUUUUUCCUUUUUGAAAUUUCAACCUUUGAAAGACACUGUUUACCUGCUUUGAUUUUUUUUUUUUAAUGGCCAGAAACAAAUUUCAAUUUCUUAGUGUUUUGUAAUCAACUUACAAUGUUAUUGUGUCAUAUAUAGAACUUGUACAGCACUUUUUAAAGCUUCUUCCACCGAGUCUAUGAAUAAGAAGCUGAGCACAUUUACCAAAACCUUAUUUUACACACAAAGUACUGUUAUACUUACUGUAACAUAUUUACGUAACUAUAGUUUAAACACACAAAACAGUGUAGUGUGCUAUAAAGGAAUCGUGUGUUCUGCUUCUAAAAUUUGAAAAAUUUUACCGUCGUGGCUUAUGCACCUUUUGAAAUUUUAUUUUUUUCCAACUUUUGUGUUUUUGGCACUUAAUUCAAAUCUUAUAAGAUGCACCUUAUAACGUAUAGUAAUUACUCAGCUGGGUCUUAUAGAAAACACUGUGGUAAACUUCACAUACCAAAGUUGUAUGUAAAAAAGGGGUGUGAGCGUACCAUCCAUUUUAAUGCAAAAAGGGAAUUUGCCCUGAUGCACUAAAUGGGUGCAUGUCAGAUUUUGAUUAUUAUUAUUAUUUUUAUCAAACCACAGGCAUAAUUGUAGUAACUCGGCAACGGUGAUAUUGGUGGUCUUUGUGUGUUUGCUUAUCUAGGUUUUGUAUUCAGAUCCUUUAACACCAGAACAGAAAUUUUUUUACCUGUUUAUUUUCUUAAUCUGAUUCUAAUAUGAAGGUUUCCCUAAAGUUGAAUACAAAUGCAUUUACUGUUUGGUCAUCCGUACUUCAAAUGUUAAAUAAAUAUAAAAUGUAUAAAUGUA